AUUUACUGCUUGGAAUCUGGGUGUGGGGAAUUGGUGCAAGGACUGAGCCUACCUCGCCGUCUUGAACUUUUGCAUAGUUAGCAUUAUUCAAUCAAGUUCUCCAGGAUCACAGCCUCAGAUCAACAACCGGAUAAGAGGGCGGGAUCCGCUGAUCUCUCCACUCCCCCUUCCUUUGGCUGCCGAGAAACUGGAUGUGUACAGGAUCACUUCUUUCUUAAACAUAUGCAUUUCAGGGCCUAAGACCCAACAGUGUGGGCUCCAAAGCGCUUCCCCACCACUUAAGUUCUGUGUCUUCAGCAGAUCCAAGACUGCCGCUAGCUUUUUGAGAAACCUGCACUCUCCCUUCUUCAUCUUUCUGUUUCUUGUGGGCUCCUCUGCAGCUUUGAUAAUUCAGGUUUCUGUGACCAAUUGCUUUGGAAUGGCUCAGGCAUAUGCUUUCAAUAACUGUUUUUGUUUUGAAAUAAACAGGCUUCAAAAGAAAUGUUUUCCAAGAAUGAAUUAGCUCUUUGUGUUCAUCCAAGUUGUAAACAAAUACAGUCUGUGGAAAAAAAAGUACUCCUUUCCUGGGAAACUUCCAUAAGAAGCUUAUACACACACAAGUCAGGAUCUUCUCUUGAAGAAAAAUGUGAUAAAGAAAAUACUGAGAGAGAGAUAACUCAAGCUGCCGAUAGCUGCUUCACACAUGGAGAGAUGCAAGACCAGUCCAUUUGGGGAAAUUGUUCGGAUGAUGAACUCAUCAGAACCCAACCUCAGCGCUUGCCUCAGCUUCAAACUGCAGCACAGGAAAGUGAGGAGGAAAUAAGCAAGAUAAAGAAUGGCCACCCAAGUCUGAGCAAUGGCAAUGGAAUCCACCACGGGGCCAAACAUGUAUCUGCAGAGAAUCGAAGACUUUCAGCACCCGUUUCUCAAAAAAUGCAUAGAAAAAUUCACUCCAGCUUGUCUGUAAACAGUGACAUCAGUAAGAAGAGUAAAGUAAAUGCUGUCUUUUCCCAAAAGACGGGCUCUUCACCUGAAGUUUCAGUUAUAACAGAGCCUGGCCUGGAUGAAGUACUUGGAUGCUGUUAUCAUCGUCAUGAAGGAGCACACAGGGAAGGAAGGGUCAGCAAUGUCAGCUUUCUAGACAAGGUAAUGCCUGGAUGGAGACCUGAAGGUUAACAGAAGGAAAGGCAGUUGAAAGAGGCAUUCAAAAAGACUGAAGGGGGCCUGUGAAAUAAGGUGUUUUGUUCAGAGAACCAUUAAGUACUUUGCUGCUGAGGAGUCAAAUUAGGAGAGGUGAGACUGGAAAGGAUCAGUCCAUAGGCAGCCUGGGAAGCCCUGUUGUGCUAAUGUAGCCCGAUACUUAUGAUUUCUCUGAAGGGUAUCAUUUUAUGCCCAUUGCAUAUUUUUUUUGAAACAUUAUAUUUCUUUUCUCUCCAUGAUACAGAAAUUCCAUAGUUGCAAUUAUGUAAACCCAGAAUACUGCUAUAUAGUAAGCAUCUGUACUCUGAUCACCUUUAUGAUCUUUUUGUAUUUUAGUAAUGAACUAUUACCAUAGAUAAAACGAGGACUUAGUUAUAGACUUGGUGAACUGGGGAUGCUAACAAGUUCUUCAGGAAAGCUUUGGAUGGACUUCAGCCCAGUCCUCUCCCAUUUUACUGGUACCCUCUGCUUGUCUUUAAACUAGCCUCUUGACUUCUUACCUUUAUGACUUUUCUCUGUCUUGUGUUUAGACUUUUCUUUCUCCCCUUUUCAGUGUAUCUCCCCCUGCAUCGGAUCGUGAGUAGGAGGAGGACAGCCAUGACUCUGGGAGGCAGUCUGGGUGGGGCACACAGGCUUCAAAGGAGAUGUACACAAUUGAGCAGGUCAGUUUGAAAAGCCCACUAGGUGAUUCAAAUAGGUUCCACCCCCUCCUUCCUUGAGAAUCACUGGUAAAAAUAUCUUUCCUUGACCUCACCACUUCCUCUUCUCUCCUUGCACUUGAAAUUGUGCCUUCAACUGCAAGCACACACAUUUAACAACAUAGCUGACUGACUCUGCCACUUCUCUUCCUUAUAUUUCUUAUAACUUACUUCGCCUUCAUGACCUCUCCAUAUUUUUUUCAGAACUCAAGCAUCAUCUCCUGAUGCCCCAAUUUUGAGCUGAUUACUCUUCUUUUGGGUCCCCACAAUGUCUUCCAGAUACAAAAUGAGACUGGAGUUUAACUCUUUCUGCACUAAAAUGUAAUCUUACUGAAGGCAAAGACUUGGUUUUAUCCAUCUUUUAGCUUCAAGCACAGAGCCUGGUAUGUGACUUAUCAUAACUAUUUAGUAAAUGAUGAAGCAAGUAAGGGACAUAAAUUGGAGAACGCAGGCACUUACUCUUCAACAUUUCACAGACGUCAUAGUUGAUAUCUCGGAAAUCACUGCAAUCCUCAAGGGAGAUGAAAUGGGGAGAUUGAAGGGAGUGCAAAUAUUUGAGCUAAAAGAGGCCAAAAAAAAAAAACACAAAACUUCGAGAAGUACUAGUACUUUAGUGAAAGGAUAAUAAUAGGACUUCAUGAUCUGACUAUAACAUUAUAACCUGAGCCUCCAGAAACAAAUUUUCUGUGACUUUGGCAAGAUAUAUUGCUGUGUUCCUCAAAAUACUUAAUGUGCUAGGAUGAUGUUUUGUUUUGUUUUCUCAGGCACAGUGCCUUCCAUUCCAUGUCAGAAUAAUUGUGUGGGAGAAAGGUUUAGAAUUCUGCUUUCUGAUGCAAUAUUUGCCAGUCCAUUGGAAAAUAGGAUUUUAAUAAUUUUCUUUUCUCACCCAGCAAGCUAAUUGAAACGGUAAUACAAAGAGAAGGAUGUGUGAAUGUGUGUGUGGAGAACAGGUAUGAUCAGCGUUGACUAUGUCAAAGUAUAAAUUAUUCUGUACAUAUAAAUCAUUGCUUAUUUACUUGAAAUAUUAAAUCAACUGUUCUUUAAAAAAUCAUCUAUCAGAUUAUAAGUGGUGUUACUUUAGGGCUGAAGGUAAAUAUUUAAAUACACUUCCUUUUGAGUUUAGGAAAAUCACUUUGUAAUCUAUGAUCUGUAGUAAGUUAUAUCCAUCCAUUUGAUGAAAGGCAAAGAUUUUACAAGGUUCUAAAGUAUAUAAUUUGAGAUUUGAAACAGAAACACCUCGAAACUUCUUUUAUACUAGUUGACACCUGAAAGAAGAGAUAGACAGCUAUCUACUGUGUGUGGACUCCACCUAUGAUGUUUGGUUUUGUACACAAGCUUAGACCACUGCUCUAAGAAUUUGAAUUAGCUUAGCACUCACACAGAAGGUGGGUGAGGAGGAAAUAAAACAAUGGAGAUACAGAUAGAGUGGCCGGGAAGCAUUGGGGUGUGGGGUAGCUGAGUGAAGAGGCUAUUUAGAAACCCAGCUUAGUGGAAAGAAUAAUAGGCUAAGUGGACAGAAGAACUGAAUAACCUAAUAACCCUAUUAAUAUAUCAGGGUUUUAAUUUUUUCUUUGAUGAUGGUAAGUUUAGAUGAUGAUUUCAUUAGGUGAAACAGUAGCAGGUAAGUGCAGCAGCCAGGCUUAUCCUGGAUUACAGUCCAUUUUCAACCUCAAGAGUCAGGCCAUGUGUGGGCAGUGAAGGUUUUCUUUAGGGUUUCAGGAUUGUAUCGAGGAGUCCUGGCCCAGAACUAGAGUAGCAGUCAGAUUAAUGCAUUUUAAUCAGGACUGUCAUUCAUUGUCUAGUUCAGUUAGUUCAGAAAGGGAACUGAAAUUUAAGAAAUCAUGAAGAGUAGCUGAAUAUAGUUUGAGGCUGACCAUGAGAUGAAUUGUAGACCUGUUCAAUUUCAAAUAAUGACAUACAAUCCAAGAACAUUUGGAAAUAUAUAACUGGAACUUCAGAGAAGGAGUUAAAAGCAAGCACACUAAUUUCUAUUAGUUCUCUUAGAGGAGAUAUUUGAAACCAUGCAUCUGGAUGGGAUUUCUUAAGUAGAGAUUUAAGAGCAAAGGUCAGAUGACUGAGAACUGAGUGACUCAGGGAUCACUGGAGGCCAGCCAGCUUGGUGGAAUGGGAGAGUGGGUUUAGCUUGAGCACUGGGGAGACAAUGCCAUAUAGAAAGUUCAGACUUUUCUCUAAAAGUGAUGUCAGAGUGUGGCUAUGGCACUGAUAAGAUAGCCUAGGGGAGAGGUCAGAAAACAAAAAGAGGAGGAAGAUGAUCGAGCCAAGAGGAGUGGACAGGAAAGGUGAGAGAAGAAACAAACUGGAGAGGGUGGUGUCCUGGAUACCAGGGAAUAAAUGCUUUGAGUCAAGGGAGAAGCUUGCACCAGCUAUUGUGACACCUCAGUCAGAUGAGAAUUGAAAUGAUUCUAUUGAAUUUAACUAUGUGGAUGUCAUUUCGUGACCUAAUUAAGAGCCAUUUUUGUAGAGAAGUCAGAAUGAUACGGGUUGUGGAAUGUGAUAAAACACACUAAUAACAAUAGCUCUAGAAAGGCCAAUGUCCAAAGAGGUUUUAAGAUGGAAAAGGUUUCUGUUUAUAUUUGGAUGGAAAGGAUCCAGGAGAGAGGGAAAGUUUGCAGAUUUAAGAAGGUAAUAAUGAUAACCUUAUUGACAAGCCAGCAUAUCAUUUAAAGAAAUGAUAUUUAGUGUUUAGAUCUAGAGUUCGGAUUAUGUAAAUACACAUCCAUUAUCAAAGCAUGAGAAUUGAGCAACCAGAGAAGCAUUUACUGAAUUGUUAAUGUAGGUGACUCCACUCUUUAUGGGAGGAUCAUUGAUAAUUGCUUUCUAAUCAUGUCUUCA